AUGAGUUCGCACCCUCCGAGUGACCCGUAUACCUUGCAUCCGAGCGACGCAACUGAUCUCCGCGGUGGUGUCAGCGAAUAUCAAUCACGGAUCGAGCGACAGCUCUAUAAAUUGCGCGGAGAUCUGUCAAAGGAUGAACAUACUUCUCUGCGGCCGGCGGCAUCAGCACUGGUUCUGGCGAUGCGACAGUAG